AUGGAUUCCUGUGAAACAAGUGAUGUCGAAUGGAAUGAUCCUGAUAAUACAUAUGUCUGGCUAGAUAGCAAUUUCAGUUUGGCAACUAAUAAUGUUAGUGAGACGUUUUCAGUAUCUAAUAUCAAUGAUGAUAAUAGUUAUCAGUUCCUUUUUAAUUAUAAAGCAUUUCAAAAAACUCGUGAAAGUAUACAUAAUAUUGAUGAUAAUGUUACUACGAAUGACAUAAAGAAUGAUUCAUCAUUUAUAAGUUUAGAAAAAAAUAGCAAUGAUUUUAAUGCACAAGAAGAGGAUUAUGAAAUUGAAGAUAUUUCAUUUGAGCAAUUAACAACUUUAAUAACUAAGAAACCAACUGCUAAGACAUCAGUAAGAUUCAUUUGUUCUAAAUGCUUUCAAAGCGAAGGUGGUCAUCUGUUUAAGAGAAAAGAAACUGGUGUUAAAAGCUAUAUUUGCCAUGACCAGCACAUUGAUAAAAAUAAAAAUGCACUUAUUUUACUUGGACGAUGGUUAACUGCUAUUGCAGAAUCUAAUAAUAAAGAAUUAAAGCAAGAUACUUUGAAUGAAAUGACUGUAGUUCUUAGUAAAACAUAUCACCCAACAACUAAAAAUGAUAAACAAAAUAUUACAAAUCAACUAACACUAAUGCCUAGCCUAUUGUUGAAAGAUGACUAUCAAUUAGAAAAAUUAUUAAUUUCAGAGGAUCAAAGCAAUAAACUUGGACCCAAUAUUUGGAACAUAUGUAUUUUAGACAAUAUUGAUUUUAUGAGGCGAUCAUUUAGUUUUAGAAAUAUCUAUGAUACUACUCGAAUUACUACACAUGCAUGUCUACGAAUGGUUUUUCAGUUUGAGUUGCCGAUUCCUCUAGAGGAAAUUUUUGCUAAAGCAAAAGCUUUACCGAAAGACUAUUUAUUUGAAAUUGGUACUUCAAUAUUUACAAAUCAAAUGAAUCUGAAAUUUGAAAAUACAUUUCAUAGUUUAUUAACACGUGAUGAAAAAGAACUUGACGUUGAUAAAGUAUUCGAAGAAUUAAUCAAACGUAUAGCGAUAAAACCAGGUUGUCAAGCAUUUACCCAACAAAAUUUUACUAAAUUAUUUAAAAAUGCAACUGAGUAUACGGCAGAAGGAUUUAACAACCUUUUUACUUGUUAUGACCUUGGUAUUGAAAGAUUAAAAAAUAUUCAUUCUCAAGAAAUUACAAAAGAAAUUCCCUAUACUGCUAAAGGACAAAGAGAAAAAAAUGUACAAACUAACAUGAUUAAACCGCUCAACAACUUUACUAAUGAAAAAGUAGAAAAUGUGGCUAAAAGAAAACGACGACAUCUGACAAAAUCAGAACAAGAAAUUUUUGCAAAAUUAAUUGAACUCGAUGAAUUAUCAGCAGAAGAGAUAUCAAGGGUAUUUGUAGAAAUUUGUACUUUACCAGAUACGAAGCCUGAAGAUUGGGACAUAAAAAGGAUUCGAA